UUCUGUGACAUUUCUAAGGCACUGUUCGUUUUCUGAUACGAAAAUAUCAAUAAUGAUCAAUAUUGCAAGUGAAAUAGCAGAGGCGAUAAUAUUUCUAUAAUAUUUCGCUCCAUCUUAAUAUAAAACUUUGAGGAUGUGUGAUGUUUGUUCCGAGUUUUCACAUCUUUUAGUGAAUUGUGAAACGCGAUUAACCGAUGAUGUGUCCCAAUACCCAAGUAUAAGCCAACCUGAACUGGAAGUACUUCUAAAUUACAUUCUUUCGUGGCCACAAAGACAAUGUAUGUGCUGUUACCGAGAUGUAAAAAAUUUUGAGAGAUUUUAUUUAGUGGUCCAAAGUGUAUUGUGUUUGUCUGUAUGUCAACUGAAGUUGUUAAAGGAUGAGUUGAUAGAAGCUGCAAAGGCCCCUCCCCCUGAUGAUAAAAAAGUUACAGAGAAGCAAACUGAAACUUCACCACCUAAAACUGAAAAUAAGCAGGAAAGAAAAGAUCAAGAAAUUGAAGAUGCAGGAAGUAAAGAUGAUAAACAUGACCAACCAACUGAAGAUAACUCUAAUAACGAAAAUUCUUCAAAUGAUACAGAAACAUGGUCAAUGCAGCAGAAGGAAAAGCUCCUGCAUAUUGUUUCCAAGAUUUUUCUUCUCAAUUUUCCAUUAUAUUUGGCAUGUAAACAUUCAGCAUUGAGCCACUUGGAAAAUCUAUCAGCACAAGAAAUAUCAAAUUUAAGUUCAUACUGUGACCUUCAUGAUACUGAAAUACCUGCGUAUCUGUUGAGGAAUGUCAGCCUGUUUUGUAAGCUAGGUGGUGUAUGUGCUAUGACUUCGGUUUUUGAACAUGCCACACCUACUACUUUGCCACUAUCUAUGGCACAUGCUGUAGUGGCCGCUGUUGGGAACUUGAAAUUAUGGCUGAAUUUCAGAGCUGUAGCACAAUUGUUUAUGCCAUUGAGAAGUAAAAUACUAAAAUACAUGUGCAGCUUAGAAGACAAAGACUUAAGAGUUCCCGCUGUUAAGUCAAUGGCUGAUUUUAUGUGGGGUGCGGCUAAAGAGCCUUUGGAUGCUCCAUUAGCUUUUGAUGGUGAUGGCUUGGCACUGGCUUUUAAGUACUUUAACAGCAGUACUCUGACCAUGCGUCUGGCUGGUGUUGCUCAAAUCAAUGCACAUAUUACUGCUCAUAAUGAGAUGUGUGCGGGUGAACCAGCAUCGGAUGCAGAACUGGCUGGUCAACAACUUGCUACAUGGUUGACUAACAACAAUAUCAUUGAACAUUUGUUUGGACCAAAUUUACAUGUUGAGGUGAUAAAGCAGUCGCACAUGAUCCUAAAGUUCCUAGCAGUGGAGGGUCGCGUGACCCCCGAGCACGUGGAGCUGGUGUGGGCGGCGGCGCAGUCCCCGCCCCCACCCGACGAGCCGCGUCAGCCGCCGCCCACCUGCAAACCCCACCACAACUCCUCCUCCGAGGCUAGUGUCAGCAUGGACCAGACCAACUCUGAUGAUGAUCCGUGUGAAGAACUUAGUACAUCUGGUGAAGAGGCCGGUCCUACGCCGCGGAAACAAAGCAAACAUCAACGCGAAUUGACAGCCGAACAAGAGUGGCUGCGCGAAGGAGAAGAAUUGACUAAGAAGGAAUGCUCUACGCUUAAAGCUUGUCAAAAACGCAGCAAGCGCGCAGGCAGCAGUGGCAGCGCGAGCAGCGGCGCGGAGGAGCUUCUGCGCCCGCGCAAGAAGAAACUCUAUAAGAAGCGACACAAGCCCGGCAAGGCGAGGCACUUCCUAACGACGCAGCUGAAGACGGCGGAGUUGGCGGAGUCAGUAUCCGAGGUGGAGGAGGAGUCCUCCGGCAGCGACACCGCGCACUGUCAACUGCUUUGCGAUAAUGUUGAUGCUAGAAGACUAAUGGAGCUUCGCCUGAUGGAGAGCUACAAGCGGCGCGAGGAGGAGGAGGGCAGCGCUUCCUCCGCCGUGUCCCCGCACUCGCACCGCCAUCUGCCGGAUCUAGAUGAAGACGACUCCGCCUGCGAGGAGGAACUAGCCCGUCUGGCCGCACAGGCUCAGUGCCUGACGGAGUACCGUGGCGGUGGACGUCCGCCCUCACCCGCGGCUCCCUUACCCUUCAACGUGGACGAGGUAUGCAGGCCUGGUAACACGCUGCUCUGGGACCUGCUGCAGGACGGCGCCAUUGAGCAACUUGGCGAAGGUCUCGUGCUGGAGGCUGAAAAGGCUCUCUGUGCAUUGCUGUGCUUCAGUACUGACAAAUUUAUACGUAUCAAGUUCAUUGAAGGUUGUCUUGACAACUUAGCUAAUCAUAGAUCUGUAGCAGUAUCGUUGCGCUUGUUGCCAAAACUGUUUUCAUCAUUUCAACAGCUACGAGGAAUGGAUAUGCAUCAGGUGGUGAUGUGGGCGGAGCGCGAGCGCGGCAUGAUGCGUCUGUUCGUGGAGGACUUGCGGCACUACACGCAGAGCGCGCGCGGUUCGGGUGACGCAGCGCACUACGCGCACAUCACCGAGCUCACUGUGCGCCUGCACUUUCUCACAGCUAUAUUCUCACCGGUGGGAUCACCCCAGCACUUCAGGUUGACAGUGGAGCAGGUGGAGGAGCUGUGGCAGUGCCUGGUAGUGCGCGGCACCAGUGAGUGCGCCGAUUGCCUCUAUUCGUGGCUGCUCUCACACACCAAGUCGCCGGAACAGCACGCCCUCGGCCUCGACGCACUGCGUUUCUUGUACAUCGAGAAGAUGCCCACAUUGGAUCCUGAAACUAUAAGCAUAAUGGGUCUGAGCCUGUACCAGCAGUUGUGCAACUUGGCGCGCAUGGCGCUAGGCUCUGGAGACUCUCGCGAUGCCGCGCACCCUCACACACUCGCCAUGGAUCAUCUGUGGAAGAUAGCGCUCAGAGCUAACAGCACAGAUGUGUCAAUGGGCGCUAUCCAGUACCUGAACAGUUAUUACAUGGGCCAACAAUUGCAACAAGAGGAUGACUUCGUCUCAAAAUGCAUGUUCCAUCUUUCUUCAGCAGCGGAAAGAUUGAUUUCAAAGAGUCAUGACACAGAGGAAGGGACAUUGACUCCAGCAGAGGAUGAUGUAGAGAAGAAGGACGGAGAGAAAACUGCAGAUAAACAAAAUAUUUACGAACAUAUGACGGAAGAGGCUGCGCUGCAAUGUAUACAGAGGGCGCUACUGUUGCUUAAGACACAUUUGGAUACAUUCAAAAGGAGGUACGCGUACCACUUGCGUCGCUGGGCGUUAGCGGAGUCUGGUGCGUGGGAGGGAUGCGCGGGCACGGGCACGGUGCGGCUGACGCUGCAGCCCGCCGGCGCCGGCCCACGCGCCACUAUAUCCCUGCACCAGGCGGACCUGGUGGCACACCUGCGCGCACACGUUCACGUCUGGUGGGAGAAACAGAUACAAGGCGAAGAGGGUGUUACUGCGUUGUCGACGGACGGCCCUUUGCGAAUGAUAACUCAAGGCCAGGAACUGACAAUUGACUAUGAUGAGAGGACACUAUAUGACAUGGGGUUUAAAGAUAAUCAGCUGGUGUUCGUAUCAGUGGGCGUGGGAGGGCGGGGCGCGUGGGCGGAGUGGCCGUCAGCCCAGCCCGCACCGGCGAGAGCCCGCUUGCCCACAUUGCUGCUGCUCGAUCCAACUUACUUCCACCAGCUGUUCACUCUCAUGCAGGCGCUGGGACAGAUGAAAGAGCCUGGUACUAAUGGGGAACUUGUGGCUCAUACAAAAGCGCAACUGUUAUCAAGACGUGUAUGGGAUAUUCUCCAAGCGGUGCCACUGAAUCCGACUCUACUAGAGGCCUUCCAAAAUCCAAUAGAAAGCAAGCUACCCGAAUUACUCGACCCGACCAGUCCACAAAAGCUCAUGUACUCUCUACAUAUUAUUGAUAAACUGAGCUCAAAUAAUAAUGGUCCGAAUGUAAAAGACUCGCCUGAACUCAUCGAGAAGAUUGAAGAAGAAAAAGUUGCCGUUGAAAACUGGAAUGAACUCUUUAUAAAGAAGGGCGGAUUGAGAAUACUAUAUGACAUCAUGAUGUCAGGUGUAUUACAACGCAAUGACGACAGCGAGUGGAGACAGGACUGUCUCGCUCUGCUGCUGCAGCUGCUCUGCCGUAUCGGGACAUUGCCUACGUCUGACUCCGCUCAGACUCCUAAGUUACAUCCUGCUCUACUAUCUCUGAUGAAUGUAGAAGAGACAACUGAAAGAUUGAUAUCAAUAUUGUGUGAAGCGGCCGCUGUGAAAGAACCCACUACAUACAAGACAGGGUUCUGGGGCAGGGCUCAGGUGGUGCAGCACGCAAUGCGUAUGUGUGUAUGGUGGGCGCGGGGCGGAGGUGACGCGGUUGCGCUAGCGUGGUCGCUGCGCCGUGCCGCACCACGCCUCCUGCUCGAUGACGCCGACCCAGCGGUGCGUCGUGAGGCAGGUGGCGCGCUGUACCGGCUGUGCGCGGGCGGCGAGGUGGCGGUACUGGCACCGCUGCUGCAGCUGCUGCUGGAGCACCUGCCACGCGCUGCCGACAUGCGCCCGCACCACGUACAUCACCAAACACAACAUCACGAUGUGGUACAUCAUCAUGCAGAAGAAGGCAAGGAGCCUUACGGUCCAGCGUGCCGGGACUACUUUUGGCUCGUCUGUAGGCUGAUUGACGGACUGCCGGAAGAUUUUUUUAAAGAUGGCGCCACUUCCGAAGACAGCGGUGCACCGGAUCUGAACGAGCUCUGUGAGCAGAUCCGUUCGUCGUUAGAGAAGCGGGAGAUAAUAGAGAAGCGCACAGAGCCGUGCACACCGGAUGACGGACUGUACGGCCAGCUGAGUCUUCUCACACAUCUGCUGAAGCACCCGCUCAGGUUCAAGACAUCGGAACAGGGAACAAGGACCUUGGAAAUGGUAUUUGGUUUUCUAUUCGAUGUACCGAAUGCGGAGCAGCGAAAGCUACCAAAAUGCAAGUCGCAGAAGUCGCGUGCGGCCGCGUACGACCUAUUGGUGGAGCUGGUGCGUGGCGCGCCUGAUAACUACAUGGUGCUGCACAACAAGCUCAUGGAACAUCAUAAGCCUGGGCCGCAAUCAGGUUACCCGUGGGACUACUGGCCUGCGGAGGAGUCGCGGUCGGAAUGCGGAUACGUGGGACUGACGAAUCUAGGCGCGACGUGCUACAUGGCGUCGUGUAUGCAGCACCUGUACAUGAUGCCGCAGGCGCGCGCCGCCGUGCUCAGCGCCGACCCCGCGCACAGCAGGCACGCGGCCACACUGCAUGAGAUGCAGAGAAUGUUCGCUUAUCUCAUGGAAAGCGAAAGAAAAGCUUACAAUCCUCGUAGCUUCUGCAAGGUAUAUCAAAUGGAUCAUCAGCCGCUGAACACAGGCGAGCAGAAGGAUAUGGCGGAGUUCUUCAUCGACCUCGUGUCCAAGCUAGAGGAGAUGACGCCCGAGCUGAAGAAGUUGGUCAAGAAUCUGUUCUGUGGCGUACUUAGCAACAAUGUUGUGUCGCUGGACUGUCCACACGUGUCCCGUACCCUGGAAGAGUUCUACACGGUGCGCUGCCAGGUGGCGGACAUGCGCAACUUGCAUCAGAGUCUUGACGAGGUUACGGUCAAGGACACGCUGGAAGGCGACAACUGCUAUACUUGCUCGCAGUGCUCCGCUAAAGUACGCGCUGAGAAGAGGGCGUGUUUCAAGAAGUUACCUCGUAUACUUUGCUUCAAUACUAUGAGGUACACUUUCAACAUGCUGACGAUGCUAAAAGAAAAGGUCAACACACACUUCUCCUUCCCAAUGCGGCUCGACAUGUCCGGUUAUGUGGAGAAACAUCUCAUGCCUGCACAGUAUCAAGAGGAAAAAAGAAAGUCGGAGGAAUUAAAGAAGGACUGUGAAGGGAGUCCCAGUGCGGAGAGUGAGGACAACUCUGAGUUUGAAGAACACUAUGACUACGAGUUGAUCGGCGUGACGGUACACACGGGCACGGCGGACGGCGGCCAUUACUACUCGUUCAUCCGUGAGCGAGACCGCGAACACGCGGAUCGCUGGCUGCUGUUUAACGAUGCUGAGGUCAAGCCCUUCGACCCAGCGCACAUCGCCGCCGAGUGCUUCGGAGGCGAAAUGACCAGUAAAACAUAUGAUUCUGUGACGGACAAGUUUAUGGACUUCUCGUUCGAGAAGACGAAUAGUGCGUACAUGCUGUUCUAUGAGCUGAGCCCGCCGCGGCCGGCGCGCGCUAGUGACAGUGGUGGACCGGACGAGCCACAAUCGUCAACUGCGGAAGAGUGUAGUGCCGGUACUAGCGAGCAGUUGGAGCGGCGCUGCGAAACUGCACCCGCGGUUACUUUACCGCCCGAUCUGCUCAAGUGGAUCUGGGACGACAACAUGCAGUUCCUACACGACAAGAACAUAUUCCAGCACGCUUAUUUCACGUUCAUGGGUCAGAUGUGUAGUUCGGUCCCGCAGUCACUGCUGACCCUGCGGCCGGAGGUCACCGAGGUCGCCGCGCGACUCUCCACAUCAUUUUUCAUUGAAACAUUUAUACAUGCUAAAGAAAAGCCGACAAUGGUGUCGUGGGUGGAGCUGGUGACGAAGCAGUUCAAUGCGUCCGCAGCCGCCUCUGAAUGGUUCCUUGGUCAUAUGGCGGACGAUACUUGGUGGCCUAUGCAGGUGUUAAUAAAAUGUCCAAAUCAAAUGGUGCGUCAGAUGUUCCAGAGGCUGUGUAUGCAUGUAAUUCAAAGGCUGAGAUCUAGUCAUUGUGCCCUGUACCUGCAGGGCAUGGAAGAGGGUGAGGAUAAUAGUAAGCUGGGGGAAGCCAGUUGUGUUACUAGGUUUAUAAGGAUGUUAUUGUCGUUGAUGGAGAAUGGGGCGAGGUCUCACUUGCGCCAUCUGACGGAGUACUUCAGUCUGCUGUACGAGUUCAGCAAGAUGGGGGAGGAGGAGGGCAGAUUCAUGCUGCGGAUUAACGCUAUCUCUAGCAUGGUCAGCUUUUACCUCGGACAGAACUCCGCCACGGCGGAUUCCCCUUCCGAGGAGGCAUGCGGUAGCGGGGGCAGCGGUGGCAGUGGUGGUAGCGGCGGCAGUGGCGGCAGCGGCAGCGGCGGCGGUGGGGAGAGCGGGGACAAGUUGAGGCCUGGCGCGCUUGACAAAAUGGUGGCGCUGGUCGCCGGCUUGGUGGAGCGGUCGCGCGACGCCAGCGGACACCUCGCCCUGCCCGAGUCUGAUGCACGAGCGUUACUACAUGCCAAGGGGUUUCCCUUUAUCUACCAACAGACUCGCGACUGUUUAAACUUGCAACAGACACGGUCGCUUAUCUUCGCACUCUGCCGCUGGAACGAGGCUCUCGCGCAGAAGAUUGUCAACAUGAUUUUUCAAGCGAUCGCUAAACAUUCAGAUAGUUGCGGGGCGCUGUUCAAGUUGCUGACAUUGCUGGUGGAAGGCAGCGGCGGAGGCGCGGGCGCGGCGGGCGGCCUGCCCUGCUUCACGCAGCUGGUGCUCGCCCGCCUUUGGGACGCUGCCGAUGUCUGCCCUCACGCAGCCCUCGAGUGGCUCGCCUUACAGGUGCCUCGCAAUAAAGCGGCGCACGCGUGGGCGUUGCGCACGGCGGAGCGGUGGGUGGAGGCGCAGUUGUUGGCAGCACCAGCGGCGAGAGUGCGCGCGGCGGCCGCACUUUUGCUGGUGGCGCUGGUGCCCUCGCAACACUUCCGCGCGGGUUACGCGCGCACGCGCCCACAGCCUGCGCCCGCGCACCACCUCGCCAAGCUGCCAGAUACUGCACAUCAUACCUUGCACCAGGUGUACACAAUGCUGCUGGGUAAGCUGAAGGCGGCGCGCAAGUACACUGACAUUGCGGUGCACGGCACUAUGAAGCUCACCGCGUACUUUGGCGUCAUGUCUUACUGUGUCGUCAGUCGCGUUGAGAAGCUUAUGUUCGGGCAGUACUUCAACGACCUAUGGGACCUGUACCACCCGUCGAUCAGCGAGCCCUCUGUCGCGGUGCACCCCAACAAGCAGGCGCUGCUCACCUUCUGGCACGCCGUCUGCGUCGACUGCCCCGAGAACGUGCAGCUCGCCAUCGCCAACCCGCGCCUCAUCAAGCACAUCGCAUUCAACUACAUACUCGCUGACCACGAGGACGGCGAGGUGGUGGCGUACAACCGCGCGAUGCUGCCGCCCUAUUACGCACUGCUGCGGCUGUGCUGUCGGCGCUCUGCCGCCUUCGCACGCUCGCUGGCCCAGCACCAGAAUAUACACUGGGCCUUCCGCAACAUCGCACCACAUGCACAUCUCUACCCGGGCGCUGCUGAUGAACUGCUUAGACUGGCACGCAUCUUGGCGGCGCGCGGUGGCGGGUCAGGUGGCAGUGGCACUGAGGGCGUUGACAGCCGUGAAGCCGCCGCCUUCCGUCGUAGUACGCUCUCUGCCUACUUACAGGGUUUAAAUGGAAGGACUUGUUGGACGACGUUAAUAUCAGCAUUCUGUACAUUAGUGGAGAACGAAGACGAUAGACUAUACGUUGUGUACAACGGUGGCUUGCAAAUGACUUUUGAGGCGCUACACAGUCUGCAUGCGGUUUACGUGGAGGGCGGCGGCGUGGGUGUGGGUGGUGGGGGCGGGGCGGUGCGUGCCGAGCUGACCGCCGCGUUGCGGUGGGCUCGUGCGCUCUGCCGCACGCUGCGCACGCGCCGCGACGCCAAGGAGGCGCGCGCGUUGCUGUUGGCCUGCAAGGACUGGCCUGAAUGCGCCAGGCGGCUGCUCACCAUGCUCAACCUGCAUCAAAGGCUCAGUCAUUUACGGCUUGCGGCUCUUGGCGUGCUCCGUGAGUUGGUAUUGAUAGGCGGCGGUGCUGCACUCGGCGCGCUGGUGCCGCUGGCGGCGGGUGCGCACGCGGCUGUGCGCGGUGCAACGCGGCCCAGGACUCGCACGCCGCUCGCCGCGCACUGCACGCCGCGCACCCCGGCACCGACUCACGCACCACUCGCGCCUGUAUACCGACCUUAUCACAAGUUUAUAGACACAUGUUGCCGCGUCGCGCGCAACCAGCGCUGCAUGUCUGAGCAGCUAGUGCUACUGUCUGCGCUGUGCGCGCUGGAGGCGGCACCGCUCAAGUUCAACUACUUUGCUGCAUUUUGGCGCGACAUUGCCAAUACACCGGCUGAUGCAAAGCUCGAGGAGAUGUUGCUGGAGUGCUCGGUGGUGACGGAAUACGUGGACGCCGUGCUGCUGGACGAGCGGGACUCCCUCGAAGAUUGCGCCAUACACGAGUUCAUGCAGCACUACUACCCCAAGCUCUGCGGUAUGUCGAGCCCGUCCGUGGCGUCUGGCUCGUCAAGUGUCGCGAGCGGGUCGGGUGCUGGGGGAGCAGGGGGCUCGAGCGUGGCAAGCGCGGGCGGGACUACGAGCGCGGCGGGCGCGGCGUGCGCGGCGGAGGCGCUCGCCGAGGAGCUGGCGGUGGCGGCAGUACGCUCCCCGCACUCGGUCCUGCUGGGCGGAGUGCGCGCGCUCACGCUGCUCGCGCAACAAGCGCACCGCACCGCCUCGCUCUCCCGGGCACUGCAGCGAGCCAUCGCCGCGCUACAGCAACGCCUUCUGCGGGCCACUGACGAAGAAAACUCUGAGCCGGAAUUAAGUACGGAGGCAUCGGAGCCGGCGCAGUGUCCAUCGCGCGAGGGCAGCGACGCGGAGGCGGAGGCGGACGACGUGGGGGAGGAUAUGGUGGCGGAGGUGGAGGCGGAAGCGGAGGAGUCGCCGGAGGAGGAGCCGCCACUGCAGCAUGAGAGCGAUCGUUUCGCGCUACUGACGCUCGCCGUGCGCGCGCUUGCUGCGCUUUGCCCACCGCGCACGCCCGACACGCCCGCCCCCGCCCCCGCGCCCACGUCCGCGCCCUCUGCCGCGACCUAGUGCCCCCUGGACCUGCGCCUGCACCUGCGCUAGACACACCUGCAGUGCAAUGGACGCAUGUGACAUUCUAUGAGAGAGACAACGAGCGUUACUCCACGAAAGCGUGCCUCGAUGUCUCCACAUAUUUAGUGCUAUGAAAGUCUUGUGCGACGACCUGACUUGACUGCCAAUGAAGAAAGGUUGCCUAACUUAGAGCACCAACAUUCUUUUAGACUUUUUUAAGCGUUUGUCUACUGUAUGUGACAUAGACUUUCGUUUACUUUAUCGGGCAGUACGAAGUCUAUUUCUUUUUGAGUAGUUUUGUCUAAGUCUGUGACAUCAUUUUGGAGUGCUUGUAUCGGGUGACUGUGUUAGUUGUACUACGCGCAAGACUCGUUUCCUUGUGACGUCACAAUGCCCUUCUUGUAAAGUGCACAAGAAUGGCAUUGGUGGUGUCAUAAAAUAAUUCAAUGGGACAAUAAACAUAGUAUAUGCUAUGUUGUUUGCUGUACAAAUACGAUGUGUUGAUAGUUGAGUGCCAUUUUCAAAUGAAUCGUAUUUUAUUGUGUAAAAGUGAGAUUUUAAACAUCUUUGAAAAAAUUUGACAUCUUAAUCACCAUGGUGACGUAAUUGACCUUGUCAAAUGUAAAACAUUUCUUAUAAAAUCAGCGUUAAAGCAGAAAUAUCAAACAAGAAAAAAUUAUUUUAUACAUUACAUUGAUGUAACAAAUGUAAGUAAUAAUUUUAAAGUAAUUAAAAACAUAAAUAAAAAGAACCGUUGAAUACAUUUAAAAAGGUUUGCUAUCCCUGAACACACUGCACCAUUACAGGGAUGGAAAACAUUUUCUGUCGACCAAUUUUAAAAUAUUUUUGUGUGUCUUGUAAAGUUGAUAAAUUCGUAGCAAAGUCGACGCAUAAUGUUUGAAAUGUACAGUUGUGUAUAAAAUGAUUUUAAUAUCGUAAAACCAAAUAUUAAAAAAAAACUGUUUUCAGUUCAUUCAUAAUUUGUUUA